GGUUGCCUGUCGGAACAUACAUCAUUGCACUUUGAUCUGGGACCGCGAUUCGCUGGAAUUAAAAAUUAAAUGCAUCACAAUUAAGCAUAACUGGAAGAGAUAACAUUUUCCUGAUGAGAUUCCUAUUUUGCUCUGCGGUCCAAACGGAUGACAGCACACCUCUCAGCUCAACGUCCAUCCAUCUUCAUAAACAUGCAUAUGUGGAUACUGGCUAUAUCAUCAUUUGCCACGUUCUUCAGCUUAAUUGAGAUGUUUGACAUUUAUGGGGAUAUAUGUAGAGACCUGUGUCUCUGUGAAGAAAGAGAUGGGAUCUUCACAGCCAGCUGUGAAAACCGAGGAAUAAUAAAUCUGUCGGAGGUAACACCUUUACACCUCACUUCUUAUCACCUUCUGCUCACUGGGAAUCUGUUAAAGAAAGUCUCUCUCAACGAUUUUGUUCAUUAUGAAGGACUCACCAUAUUACAUCUCGGAAACAAUGAUAUCUCAGAAAUUGAAGCUGGGGCAUUUAAUGGACUCCAGGGAUUAAGAAGACUGCACUUAAACAAUAACAAACUUGAAGCUCUUACGGACGAUACGUUCCUUGGGCUUGAGAGCUUGGAGUACCUACAGAUAGACUACAAUUAUAUUAGCCACAUUGAACCAAAAGCCUUGAGCAUAUUACGUCAUUUAGAGGUGCUCAUUCUGAAUGACAAUUUGCUAUCUACUCUGCCCUACAACCUUUUUCAGUUUGUUCCUUUAACUCAUCUUGACCUGAGGGGAAAUCAGCUCAAAGUUCUUCCCUAUAAUGGCCUUUUGGAACAUCUGAGUCACAUUGUUGAGUUACAGCUUGAAGAAAAUCCUUGGAAUUGCUCCUGUGAGCUCAUUCCUCUCAAAGCGUGGCUCGAGAGUAUAUCCUACACGGCAUUAGUCGGAGACGUGGUUUGUGAAACUCCUUUCCGCCUGCAUGGGCGAGACCUCGAUGAGAUCUCCAAACAGGAACUAUGUCCCCGGAGAGCCAUCGCUGAGUAUGAAAUGCGAGCAGAACCAGCUCAUAGUGGUGAGAUUCUCCACAAAAUCACACCGGCGACAGCGACGGUAUCAUUUGCAUCCUCAAACAUCUUGCGCUCUACAAGACCGACAAAAAGCAGCCGUUCGUCAGGGAAGCUACGCGCCAAACCCACUUCUCGCACGUCCUCCAGCAAACCACAGAACUAUGGCCCGAUGUUGGCCUACCAGACGAAAUCUCCAGUUCCUGUGGACUGUCCCAGUGCAUGCACAUGCAACCUUCAAAUCUCAGACCUCGGUUUAAACGUUAACUGUCAAGAGCGAAAAAUCGAGAGCAUUUCGGUUCUCGAUCCCAAACCGUACAACCCGAAAAAGAUGUACCUGACCGGUAAUUACAUCUCUUCUGUGAGCGAUUCUGACUUCAGUGGCGCUACGGGAUUAGACUUGCUUCACUUAGGCAACAAUCGCAUAGACAUCAUUCAUGACCGAACAUUUGGGCAACUAAUAUAUCUGAGAAGGCUCUACCUGAAUGGUAACUUAAUAGAGCGACUCACUGAGGAUAUGUUCUAUGGACUACAAAGCCUCCAGUUUCUCUAUCUGGAAUACAAUGUCAUCCGUGAGAUAGCGGUAAGUGCCUUCCAGCAAGCUCCCAACCUUCAAUUGCUUUUCCUCAACAAUAACCUCCUCAAGACUCUACCAGUGGGGAUCUUUGACGGAUUAAGUCUAGCUCGAUUAAAUCUGCGCAGCAACCACUUUCGUACUCUACCAGUUGCCGGUGUGUUAGAAGAGCUCACGUCACUGGUACAAAUAGAUCUGUUUGAGAACCCCUGGGAUUGCUCAUGUGUUGUUGUGGAGAUGAAGAAUUGGUUGGAGCAGCUUAAUGCUGGCACCGUGGUGAACACCGUCAUUUGCGAAUCUCCGUUGAGACUCUCGGGAGAGGAUAUGAGGUAUAUUCGUUCUUCUCAUCUCUGCCCAGAAAAUUCACAUGUGCAGUCUUCAGUUGUCCCACCCUCAGAGGAAUCCUUUCCUGGCAGUACUAUCACCUUAGAAACAGCCUUGGAUUAUGACACACAAUAUCCCGCAGUCCCCCUCUCAGUGCUUAUACUCGCCUUACUGCUUCUUUUUAUAAUAUCCGUGUUUGUCGCUGCAGGGCUUUUCGUUGUCAUGAUGAAACGCCGCAAAAAGUCUGAACGCUUGGCUUCACUGACCACCAACCCAGGCUUGUUCAACGCAAUCCACAAAGACAGGGCAACUCUGAAGUCUAGACCUUCCGUGGGCCACGUCUACGAGUACAUUCCAGCUGCAGCAGAGGGCGUCGCCAAAAACGGCCCCUAUGGUGCAAACGAGGCAAAUGCAAUUGAGAGUUACAGAGACUUUGAAGAGCUUAACAAAGCUCUGGCGUGUAACUCGGAUGAAGAGGUGGGGAGCAACGCAAUAAGCUCGGAGUUCAGUGCAGGCACGCCGGAUGCGCUCAACAGAAACUCUCCUCUUUUGGAUGACAAUUACUUUUACAGAGAUAUCUUGUCGAGGGACCAGCAGGCUUCUUACAGGGGUAAUUUACCAUGCAAGCAUGGCACACAUGCUUCAGCUCACUGUGCGCCUGACUUUGAUGUGAGACAUCAAUACUUGGAUCCAGAAAGGAUUCAGCAGACCAUGGUGUACUGCUCGACACCAACCACCGUCUACAUAGAGCCGAACAGAAGCGAAUACUGGGAACUAAAAGCAAAGCUUCACUUUGAACCAGACUAUUUGGAGGUUCACGAGAAAAGAACCACCUUCACCCAGUUCUGAAAUACAUAUAUGUUCCCUAUAUAUACUUUUUGUCUAAAAGAUCAUUGGGUGAAUCUUAUAAAAGCUCAUGUCUGGGCCAUAUUUGACCACAAAAUCAAAAGAAAGCAAUACAAAUUAUCUUUUGCUUAAAGAAAACAUUUUGUACCAUUAAGGGAAUAUUCUGUGUUCAAUACAAGUUAAGCUAAAUUAACAGCAUUUGUGGCAUAAUGUUAUUUUCAGACAUUUUUGACCAUGAGACGCUUACAAUGGAAGUCAAUGGGGUUUAAUCUGUAAACUUUAAAAUACUCACUGUUUCAAACGUAUAGACACAAUGUGUGUGUAAACAUGAUUUUAGUGUGAUAAAAUUGCUUACAAUGUUUACAAGUGUUGUUCUUUUUUUGUGUGUUGUCAUGGCAGCAAAAACAUUGUAACACUGGAUAUAACUUCACACAGAUGCGGUUAGUGACUGAUUUUAUCACAGUAAAAUCAUGUUAACACACGUGUUGUUUGUGUAUUAUGGCUAUAUUUUUGAAACAGUGAGUAUUUUAACGUUUACUGAUUAAACCCCAUUGACUUGCAUUGUAAGUGUCUCACUCUGCACUUUUUGCUCUCUAAAUUUGAUUUAUUAUUAAUGCUUGAUGGCUAUAAACACUAUGCCACAAAUGCUGAUGAUCGAGCUUUACUUGUACUGAAUCCAAAAUAUCUCUAAUUUUAUAUUCUUUUUUUUGCAUUUUAUUUUUUUUGCAUUGCCACAUUAUUUUUGCGGCAAUUAAAUAAAUGGUACACUCAAAAUGUUUAAAUGUGACAUCAUGUACUCACCCAUAUGUCAUUCCAAACAAGUGUGACUUUCUUUCUUGCGCAGAACACUAGGAAUGGUUUUAGGCAGAAUAACAGCCUCAGUCACCAUUCACUUUCAAUGUACAGAAAAAAGAUGCAAUGAAAGUGAAUGGUGACUGAGACAAACUUUCAGCCAAACUGCAGAAAAUGCAAAGAAUCUCAUUCUCAUUAGUUUAAUAUAAAAACUGUAAAUAUAAAGAAUAACAGUAUUACUAUUAUGUAUUAUGUUUUUUAUGUAAAUUAUAUAUAUUAAUUGUUGCAUUACAGUAUUUUUAAAUUAACGUUUUUACACUUUGUGUCUUUUUUGUGUGUGCAAAUAAUACCCAAUAAUGUUGCAAUGAGAAAAAAAAACUUAAUUGUCUUUAAAAUAAGCAUAUAUAUAUAUAUAUAAUUUUUAUUUAUUUUUAUGCAAAAUACAAUUUCUCAUAUUUAUUUUUAUUUUUAUUUUUUUGAGGCAAAUUUUGACCCGGUCAUGUUUUAGUGAGAUUCACCCCAUAUACUCAUAGAUGUUGUGUCUAGUAUAUUCAAAAAGAUUAUUAUGAACCUUUUCCAAUGAUAUCGGUAUCAUCCAUUUAAUAUGUUCUGAUGUUCAAGAAUGCUUUCUGUCUGAAUAUUAUAAAAGUGAAUCUUGUCUUUAAGUUUUUGUGACCUUUUUAAUGUGUAAUGCUUUUCCUCACUUGUGAUGAAAGGGACAAUAGGGUUUCUUAUCAUUUGUUUACAUACAAACUCUUUCAUAAAUCAUACUUUUAUUUAGCAUAAGUUGGUUGAAUUAUUUUAAGCAAAGCAUUUUGUAUAUAGACAGUUCAGGCAAGUAAACCAAUAACCUUUUAGACUUAUUAGCAAUGCUGGAAACAGGGAGAUUUAUUAGCAUUUUUUUAUAUGGAUUUGUAAUUAUAUGAUAAUGCUUGUUUUGAAAAUGUUUAUAUGAUUUUAAUGUGGGCAUUGGCUCUGCUCUAAAACCUGGUGAUCUACCUACCUAAACAGCAUUUUAGUUUGUUGCCAAAUGAUUUUUAAGCAAUUCUUUGUAUGCAUCAUGUCAGUUUUAUGGUGAAAUGUACACUAGAGGUGAAGACUUUUAUUCACUUUCACACAAAUCACGAGUAAAAUGGUUCGUAAACACCUGUUCCUCACACAAUGCUAUCUGAUGACAUCUAAACACCUUUACUCUAGUGCACGACUCAUUUUAACAUUUGCAUUAUAUAAUCAACUACUUUCACAAGCUUGUUCGAGUGAGAUCAUAUUGCUUAACUGAUUGAGCGUUGCACUUAUGAUGUAAAGGAGCGGGUACGAGCAGGGACGGAUUAUAACUUGCAAAGGCCCCGGGGCAAAUUGUCUCCAAGGGCCCCCUCCAAAUGUUGUUGGGGUGGGGGGUCGUUUCCGUUGUUGAUGGGUUUCGAGCGGAGGGAUUGCAAAAAUGGAUCACGCAACCUUAAACUGCCAGCCCCGGGCACU